AAAUUUCUGUUGACAAUCAAGAACAUUCUACUCUCUGACGCGGAAAUUCCAACGACCAGGCAAUCGAAAGAUUAUCUGUAUGGUCUGCGAGGCUUGCUGGCCAUCGAAAGCUUCUGCUGGCUGUUCCUGCAGGCCUUUGUUCCGACAGUGGUUUCAUCGAGGACGUCGGGGCCUAUGUACCAGAUCGUCGCUCGCAAUAUGUUCUCGGUACCUCUAUGGAAUGAGAGUCUGAUUUAUUCNUUUUUCAUUAUACUAUCCGCACGCUCGGUAUGCAUGCAUUUCCUCCAGGAACCGACUGCCAAAUCGUUCGCUCGAUCGCUAAUCGUUCGGCCUCUACGUAUUGGUAUCCCUCUGGCAUUCGCCUUGGCUUCCUCCAUCUCUUUGUUUUCUUUCAUUGAUAAAUCAUACAUCGAGACAGCUGCAAAGAUUCUUGACAAUCCCAAUCUUACCGCUCCUCGUAUGCCAGCCACUGCACUAGCAUCGUUCAACACAGCCUGGGACUUGCUUUGGAUCACUUCCGACUUCGCGAAACAGAUGGCCAACCAAGCCUUCCCCGGUGCAUCCAUCUGGGUACCGUCCUUGAUCUACUCGCAAAGCUACACAGUCUACAUCGCUAUGGUCAUACUCCCUUUCACAAGAGUAUCUUGGCACCUACAGGCUGUUGCGAUCUUCAGUAUUGGUUCAUUCUGGUUUAACUCCUGGGGUUGGUAUUCAGCAGCUGGUCUUCUCGUCGCUGACAUAUCUCACUAUCCUAGCUUACGUGCUUGCUUGGACCGAGGCAUCAAGUUCAAUGAUGACACCAGCUUUUCAUACCGGACAUUGGCCGUGAUAUCGGUGCUAGUGGGCCUCGUCAUGAAAUACGUCUGGGUCGCAGCUUUCCCUCAACAUCUUCGAGCUGAGCUACUGGUUCAUCCCAGCCAACAUCUAAGCUCAGUCUCGAGUGCGCAUCCAGAUCAGCCAUUCGCUCGUCUGGAUGAUUACCUAGUGGUGGUCGGUGUUCUGGUGUUGCUUGAGACGUCAAAUCGUAUGCAAAAUAUCUUCUCAUCUAGGAUCCUGGUCGGACUGGGAAAACGAUCGCUAAGCUUAUACAUCGCACAAUCUCUGAUGCUCUACACUGUCGCCCUUGAUGUUUUAGUUUUGCUCGGGGAGAGACACAUGUCCGUGGUUUGGGCUGAAACCGUGGCCUUCGUUGUUUAUCUCUGCUCGACUGCUGUCUCUGGUGAGGUUUUUUACAGACUGGUCGAGCAACCAGCGACAUGGGUUGCUGAAUUUCUCUUCAACUGGAGCAGGAAG